AUGGUUGUCCGAUCGCCAACAUACAUUAUCCCAGAGGAAUACGUCUGUCAUAAAGCAAGUCUCGGUGCCUAUGACACAGGUGUCGCAGUCGCUGAUAAGCGUUUUCUCUUGUUGCCAUCAAAUGUAGAUGGCCAGCUUGCCCGCUGUCUGAUGGCAAUGUUUGCUGAGCGGGAACCAGAUCGCUAUACUUCUCUUGCAGCAGCCGGCUUCCCAGUUAUUGACAGUCGCCACCCAGAAUCUGCCCUGAUGCACAAUCUGCUGGAGCAGGGGGGAGGUCAUUAUGUGGAUGUAGGUAGCACCAAGUUGCUGGUGGAGGGCAAUGUCAGUAUCAAAGCUGGAGUCGAGCCUGUUGCGUACACAACGAAGGGGUUACAAUUCUCUGACGGUAGCUGCGCCGAUGCAGAUGCUAUCGUCUGGUGUACCGGAUUCUCUGACAAGAAUGCUUGUGAUAGUGCUGCACAGAUCCUAGGAGGCAGUAAUCCAGAUGAGAACGUGAAUGAAGCGAAAGGCCGGCUCAUUGGCCUUGGUGGCAUUGCUGCACAUCUGGACGCAACAUGGGGACUUGAUGCCGAGGGCGAGAUCCACAGCAUGUGGAAGCGCCAUUUACACCUUCAUGAUGACAAUUUCUGGAUCAUGGGUGGUUAUACGCAGCAGCACCGAUGGCAUUCGCGGACGUUAGCGCUUCAGAUCAAGGCGGCACUGGAGGGAGUGUUGCCGCCGGCGUAUCGGGACAACCCUUUGCCCUGUCCCAGGUAG